UGACUUUGCUGUUAAAUGUUUAAUUAUCAGUUUAUCAAUCCAUUUUUGUAUGAUUUCGCAUUUGUAAGAAAAAUUUAUGGAGACUAUGGAAAAUCACCCAAGCUAAUCACAGUUGACUCAUCAAAGCAUGACUGAUAUCACACUUGAAAAGGCAUUACAAUUGGAUUCAAAGUAUCCAACGUAUAAGGAUAAGUUUGAAAUCCCAACUUUCAAAUCAUUAGGUAUUAAAAAUGAUGAAAAAGAGUCAAUUUACUUAUGUGGUAAUUCCCUUGGAUUAAUGCCAAAAUCAACCAGAAAAGCAUUGAAUGAUGAAUUAGAUGCAUGGGGAGCUAGAGCUGUUGAGUCUCAUUUCAAUCAUCCUGGUGAAGCUACUGAAGGUAAGACUUCCUGGGUGGAUAUUGAUUUGCCUUUAUUACCAUUGAUUGCUCCUGUCGUUGGAGCUAAAGAAAAUGAAGUGGCAGUAUUAGGAUCUUUAACUAAUAAUUUAAAUGCUUUAUUGAUUCAUUUUUAUAAACCAGAAGGUAAAAGAACCAAAAUUCUUUUUGAAAAGCAAGCUUUCCCAUCUGAUUAUUAUGCAUUUUUAAAUAUUGUAAAGUUAUUCGGAUAUGAUGAAUCUCAUUUAAUUCAAUUAUCAGUAGCUCCAGGAGAAACUUAUUUAAACACCGAAGAUAUUUUAAAAGCAGUUGAUGAUAAUGUUGAUGAAAUUGCGUUAGUUUGUUUCCCCGGUAUUCAAUAUUAUACCGGUCAAUUGUUUAAAAUCAAAGAAAUAACUCACUAUAUAAAAUCAAAAUCAUCUCAAAUUAGAGUAGGGUGGGAUUUAGCUCAUGCUGUGGGGAAUGUACCCUUAUCAUUACAUGAUUGGGAUGUUGAUUUUGCUGCUUGGUGUUCUUAUAAAUAUUUAAAUUCAGGUCCAGGUGCUAUUGCUGGUAUUUUCGUUAAUGAAAAGUUUACUAUUAAUAAUUCUAAACAAAAUUUCUCACCAAGAUUAGCAGGUUGGUGGGGAAACAAUUCAGCUGAUAGAUUUAAAAUGUUAGAAGAAUUUGAUCCUAUUAAUUCUGCUUUAAGUUAUAGACAAUCAAAUCCUUCCGUCAUAGAUAUCGUAUCGGUGAAAGCAUCACUUGAAAUCUUUAAACAAGUUGGUGGGGUAGAAACAUUACGAGAAAAAAGUAUACAAUUAACUCAAUUAUUACAAGAUAUUUUAACUUCAUCAAAAUAUUAUUUACCCCAAUCAGAAACUGAUUCAUCAAAAUUUGGAUUUAAAAUCUUAACUCCAUUAAAUCCAGAAGAAAGAGGAGCUCAAUUAUCAUUACUCUUCCAACCUCAUUAUGACGAUAAAUCAAAAAAUGUAAUGGAAAGAGUUAAUCAAUAUUUACAUGAUCAAGCUAUAAUUUGUGAUGAAAGAAGACCUGAUGUGAUUAGAUUUGCUCCUAUCCCAUUAUAUAAUACAUUUAAAGAAACCUUCGACGCUACCAAUAAGUUGAUUGAAGCAUUAGAUAUCAUUGCUAAAGAUUUAUAGAUUUGUAUAUAAUUAAAAAAUAAAACGUUCAGCUGACUUAAUUGGAUCACUUUAUAUAAAAUAAAAUAAAAUAAUAAUAUCCAGAUGUUCCAGUAGUUUAAAGUUUUGCAAUAUCACGUAAAAACUUUAAAAUUGUUCAACUCCUGCACACAGCUUGCAACCAAGAU